UCAAGUCGUCAGUUCAAAUUACAACUUGCUUCAUUCGUUCAGUUUUAUUUUGAUACUUCAAUGUACUAACAGUACAGUUUACUUUGUGCAAUUUCUUUUAAUUUUUGCUAAUAUUUUGUGAUGGAAGGUUUAAUUAUAUAGAAAGUUGAUUAAUAUUAUCACAGCUUUAUAACUGCUGUAUUUUAUACUAUAGUUUAAUACAUAUAUUGUAGAGAAAAUGAUUUCAUUUUUAUUAUUUGUGAUAUUUACUACUAAUAUUGUGGCUGAUGAGAGCGUCAAGUAUGCUGCAGUUAUAUUUAGACAUGGGGACAGGACUCCAGUGCAACCCUACCCGACAGAUCCUUGGCGGAACGAAUCUUUGUGGCCUGUGAAAUUUGGAGAGCUGACUAAUGUUGGGAAGCGGCAACAUUACGCGCUGGGAAAGUGGCUCAGGCAAAGAUAUUCGCAUUUAUUAUCCGACGCAUUUGACCCUACCGAGAUUUAUAUUCGGUCGACAGAUGUAGACCGCACUCUUAUGUCGGCUCAAGCUAAUCUAGCAGGCAUGUACCCACCAAAGAGUAAAACUGUGUGGAAUACUGAAAUAAACUGGCAACCCAUACCAGUACACACAGUUCCUGAACUAGAAGAUGAACUCCUUGCAAUGAGGAAGCCGUGUCCUGCUUAUGACACGGAAUUAGAGAGGGUAAUGCACUCAAAGCCAUAUAAAGAAAGACUGAGGAAGUACCAGCAUCUGAUGGAUUAUCUGUCAGCGUAUUCUGGUAUGAAGGUGAAAGACUAUUAUGAUAUUGUUGAUAUUUAUAGUACUUUAUACAUAGAGACUCUCUAUAACUUUACAUUGCCAAAUUGGACGCAAUCUGUAUACCCUGAUGAGAUGCGUGAACCAGCGUGCUACAGCUUCAAGACUGAAACAGGAUCUCCUCUUCUCUCCCGAUUGAAAGUAGGUCCAUUGCUCAAACAUAUAAUGACACAUAUGUCGGAUACUUUGUCUGGUGAUAAGAAGAGCCAUAAGGUGGUGAUGUACAGUGGACAUGACCUGACCGUGGGCAGUAUACUCAAUGCCUUAGGCCUGUAUGAUGGAAACUGCCCAGUGUACACAUCAACUAUAUUCAUUGAAUUAGUGAAAGCAAAUAAAACAGGGGAACACUUUGUGAGGAUCUCAUACAGGAACUCAACAGAGAUUGUAGAACCAUAUAUACUCAAGAUACCAUUCUGUGGCGAAGUCUGUCCGGUGGAAAGAUUCAAGAAAUUGUAUGAUAACCUUGUAUCUGUUAACUGGGAAGAAGAAUGUAAGAAACAGUUCCCGGCGCUUCUUGGAGCCUCGUUUAUAGUUGGCCUGUGUCUAUUUAUAACAAUAUACGUAGUCCACAAAAUACACUUUGCUCGUGUUUAUAAUCAAUACAGGAAAAAUUUGUCUUACCAGAGUAUCCAGAAACCUACCGUUAUGCUAAGCAAUCCACUGCAUGCUUAGAUAGUAUUAUAUCUCUACAUAAAUGUAUACAAUCAAUACCUAUUUUUAGAUAAUUAUGCAUUUGUAUAAAAAGUUGACUGUGUUUUAUUCCUUGACCAAAAAUGUAUUAACUAUUUAGUAGCUACUAGUUCCUUAUUGGAUCAGCGAAAUAAAAGUCAUUAUCUUUAAUAAAA